GGGCCUGCUUUUCCCUUGGCUUUCUGUGGCAUGAUGCCAGGGUAGAUAGAUGUGCAUCUUCCGAAAGAGAGGAGAGUGCUGCAGACCAGAUGUGUGACAAUGAAGGUGUACUAACGACUCAAACCCUAUGGGAAGGAAGAGCUUGUGUUAUGGUGGCUUACCAGGUUUCCUUUGCCUGAUCUGUAAACAUGUCCACAGACCUGCUCUGGUGUGAGGAUUGCGGUAAAAGCCUUAUAGGAGAAUGCAAACUCCACGGACCACUCAUCAGGGCUAAAGAUAGGGUUAUUCCCAGCCGAGCCCGUCUCACCCUACCUCACUACCUCACUUUGCGAGUGUUGGAGCUGAGAGCUGGAAACCAGCAGAUCCUUGGUGUAUUUGCAAAGAAAGUAAUACAGAAGAGAACACAAUUUGGCCCUUAUGUUGGUCAACUGUCUACAAAACUGACCUGCUAUGAUGAGAGCAGGCUAGUCCUGCAGGUAUUGAAAGAUGGAGGGAAGUACUUUCUGGACACUCCCAAUGAGGACUGUGGAAACUGGAUGAUGUUUGUCCGGCUAGCCCGGAACCAAGAGGAACAGACCCUUGUGGCUUAUCAGCACUGUGGAGAAGUCUACUUCACAACAGUUAAGCCAAUUGAACCCCACACAGAAUUGAAAGUAUGGUAUGCUGCCGAUUAUGCCAAAUUUAUGGAAGCUUCUGCAGUCUUCAUUAAAGAAGAAUCAGAUGUCUCUCCUUUGCCUGCAGUAGCAAAAGAGCCCGUAGACUCUUGGAUAUGCUCCAGCUGUGGAAGCACUUUUGCAACUUUUGCUCUGCUGGAAUCUCACCAGUGCAUCCAUAAAGACCGAGUCCUUCCUACGAGGUUCAGAGCGCCAAAUAAGUUGGGACCCGUAAAAGCAAAAAGCAAACUCAAAGGGAAACUGAGAGGAGCGUCAUUAGGCAAAAGCAUUACUCAAUGCUUUGGGACCAUUUCCUGUUCCUCUGCUGCAAAGUUCAGCUGUGCCAGCUCAGGAAGCACUUGUGGUGCUCUCGUGAGGUUUAUACCUAAAUGGAGAAAUGGUCGGCCUUCACUGCUGAAGGGAAAAGAAGUGAAGCAGGCAGAUAGUUAUCCCUGCCGACUCUGUGGGAAGAUAUUUGAUUCCAUUGACAAGCUCACGGUCCACACUUACGCGCACAAAGGGGAGCGUCCCUACAAGUGUUCACAGCACGGAUGCACAAAAGCCUUCAUUUCCAAAUAUAAACUGCUCAGGCACUCGGCCACUCAUUCUCCACAGAAAUCUCACCAGUGUGGCUACUGUGAAAAGACCUUUCACAGGAAAGACCAUCUAAAGAAUCACCUUCAGACCCAUGACCCCAACAAGAUGGCCUUCAAGUGUGAAGAGUGUGGCAAGAAGUACAACACCAAGCUAGGCUAUAAGAGACACUUGGCUCUUCAUGCUGCCACCAGCGGGGACCUCACCUGUAGGGUGUGUGCCCAAGAGUUUGGUGGUACUGAGGUUCUGUUGGAGCACCUCAAAAGUCACGCAGGGAAACCGACUGGCAACAUGAAGGAAAAGAAACAUAAGUGUGACCACUGUGAGCGUCACUUCUAUACCCGCAAAGAUGUGCGCCGUCACAUGGUGGUUCACACAGGCUGCAAGGACUUCCUGUGCCAGUUCUGUGCCCAGAGGUUUGGGCGGAAGGACCACUUGACACGCCACACUAGGAAGACUCAUCCACAAGAACUGCUGAAGAGCAGGUUGCAGAAUGGUGACUCAGUGGGUCUCCUUGACCAGCUCUUUUCAUACAGACUGAAGGAAGACGCCAGCAUGCUGUCCCCUCUUCCUGAAAGUGUCCCCGUGCCAAAUGGGAUUGUGAAUAGUUCAGAAACAGAGGAAUACAGCUGUUCACAUCUUCAUUCCCAGCCAAGCUUACAAACUGUUCUUCCCCUUGAGUCUUCUCCUCACUUGCAAAGGAUGGGCUGUGCAGACAGCCUCCCAGCUGUCCCUCCCACACCAUGUUCAGCAGCUGUCCCUAUCAACCUGAACCUUCAUCAGCCUAACAAAUAUGACCUUAGUUCUACCUCAUUUGCUGCAGGAUCCCUCAAGAAUCUACCAAUAAAAGUGGAUGUUAAAGGUUACAACGUGCAUCUUCUCGAGGACCUGCCGUUACCAGAACCUCAGUCUCUCCACAAAAUGAGUAUGGAAGAAGCUUCCUCAGGGCCUGUAGGGGAUACUAACAAGUACCCAGUGCACAAAGAGACAGAGGCAGCAGCUGAAACUGCAAGCCUGCCUUUCAUGGAUCUCACUCAUGUGAUGGGUUUCUGGCAGCUCCCACCAGGUGACAACCAGAACACUAUUGGGGACAUCACAAUGGCAUUUGGCUCAGAGGAACCAUCACACAGGCUGAAUGGCCUCAGCCAACAGCAAGGUCUUCAGCUAGCAAGUGGUGGGAUGGCCAUAAACCAGCUGCAUCAUCUUCCUCGCUCCUUUCCAUCCACUACAAAUUCUGUAACAUUGCCUCACUUUCACCAUGCCUUCAAGUAACCAGCACCCUGUGUGGGUUUUUUCCCUUUUGUUUUUUUAAGACUGUGCUUCUCCUUACUUAAAUCUGUUAGGGGUGGUUUUGGUUUUUUGUUUUGUUUUGAAGAAAUACUGCCCCAGAUGUUUUCAAAGCAUGUUAUGAACAUGGUAGUUAAAUUCAGGAUGUUAAUAAACAAGAAGCUCUAUUUUUCAUACUAUUAGUUUUUUAGCAUAUGAAAACAGUAGAACUAACAUAUUUCCCUCAUCUCCCUCUAUAGUCUUGUUUCUUUUCAUGCAAACAACUGAAUAACUAUCUUCAAUGACAGCAAAGUAUCAUAACAGGCACAAUAAAACUGGCUGCUGCAAUAGGAAAAAUAUAGUUAAGAUGAGUGGGAAGUGGGGGGAAAUCACAAAGAAAUCAAUUUAAUGAAUCAUAAAUCAAUUUAAUGAAUCAUAAAUCACAGCAAUUUUGUGCACAUGGCAAAUGUAACAAGUCAACAUCAGAUAGAUUUUUGUUAAGCACUUCAUUAAUGAACUUUAUUAAUCCUUAAUUUAAAUCAGAAUCAUUCCAAGAGUAAAUCUUACAUCCUUGUUUCACUUUUUUCAAUGGAGAUCAUCACUAUUAUGAUUAUGUUAAACUAGAUUUUGUUUUCUGGUGGGCAGUUCAGCUGUGUGCCUCUGCUACCUUUUUCCUAGGGCUGGAAAUAACUACCACUUCUGAACGACUGUGUAAGAACAGCUGUCUUGGAUACAUGCAGCUCUCAGAAUGGGAAGUGAAUUGUCUCAAGUUAGAACAGAACAUUAAUUUUCAUUUAGAGCUGGAUCUGUCAAGACAGCAGACACUUCUAUGUCUCUCUCUCAUAAAGCACUUGGGCAUUUCCUUAAAUUUAAGCUUACGGUAUCCCGCUGGGUCAACAGCUUGAUUAAUUUAACACUUAAUAAAAAAUAAUGCAUCCUACCUAAGGGGCCUUUUUUCACCUUUUGUUGAUAAAAAUGGCCAUUGUUUAGUCUGGGAAAUGAUUAAUAAUUGUAACUAUCUGAAAAUAUGGGUUUUCACAGAAAUCCAGCCCUGGCCCAGGGGAUCCUGUGCCCAAGCAGGACCCCUGUGGAGAAGGGGCAGGUGCAUGCACAGAGGGGCUGUGGGGGUGAGCUGACACUGGGCCCUGUUCAAAACCAGGUUCUGAACCUGCCUUACAAGUGUCAGCUGAAAUUAGCAGAUAUGAUAAUGGUUGAGGCCAUUUUACUCACAGGAGUUCUGCUCAGAAACAGUGGGACUGCUGCAGUUGGACUCCAGCCUUUGUUUCUUGCAGACUGGGAACACAGAGACUUCUGUUUGUUUCCUGGGGUAAAUUGCCCAUGAGCAGUUCCUGUGGAUAGCGUGUUGGUGUGACAAUCCUAUCACCUCAUGCAUGAGCAAGCAGAAAUUGUAAAAAUCAUGUUUUCCAGUAGAUGACAUUAUUAAAUAAAGAAACAAAUUCUUCACAAUUUACUUUGCUGCCUAACCCAUAUUUAAAAAAAAAAUAAUCAUGGUUUUAGUGGACGGCUUAGUUACUAAUGGAUUCUGUUUCGUCUAAAACAGACACAGAAUUUCUGAAUCUGAGUAAAUUCUCAAGCCCCAAGAAGUACUCUUCCAUUAAAUCCAAAGAGAGUUCAAAGUACCCAGUGCUUAUUACUAAUAUAACAUGGAGCAAGCAUGUUCUCUUCUCCCUUGUUAAUCACAGGAAUAUUUCCGGAGAGCUUCAAAUAAAAAAUAAUUUUGAAAUGAUUGCUGUUUUGCUGUUACUGAGCUCUGAACCAUUGUAGCUGUACAAUGCCACUGAAUAUUCUUACAAGUUGAUCGGUACUUGGGUUAAGGAUUGUCUUAUUGCAGUUCAUGAGAAUACGUUAUGCAGAUGCAGUGCUGAGGGGUAUUUUUUGUUAUGAAAAUUUUUGGCAUAAGAUAAACCGAAAGGAAUUUUAAGGUCAUUUCUGUAAUGACAUCAACAGGAGGAGAUCAGGUACUGCACAGUCAUGUGCAGUGAGUAGUUACUUAAAUUACAAGUUCCAGAAUAGGGAAAAUGUUGCCAACAGUGUUACAUGCAUUUUCUACAGCCAGGCUUGUAUUUUCAUCUGGACUUGGAAAGGUGUGUGUGUGUAUAUUCACUGAACUGUAUUUUUUUCCGUAUUUGUGCAAAUUGUGUUCACUUGGCUUCAAGCAAGCUUAUGUACUUGUAGAAAAACCCACCAAACUUAAGUACAACAAAAAAUUCUUUGCUACAAAAAAAAUUUGUAGCACUACCUGAUCAUACACAUUUUGUCAUUUUGGCUUGUGCUUUUAUAAGAGGCGUCAGUUAUUGCUGAAAUACUUGUCCUUGAAUUUAAAUGUGAUGUUAAGAAGCAAACAUUAUGCAGACACUGAGCACAUCCUUUCAGCUGCUCUUUCAGCCCCUGGAGCAGGGUACAUGAGUGCUGGGCUGCCAAGGGAGGUGCUGCUGCUUGAUCUCAGCCUCUUUCAAAAUAUGGAAAAAUUAUAAGCAUUUCUAAUCAAUACAUAUGUAACUACAAGUUAAAGGCUGUCUCGUUCAAAUAAAAAAGAAAAUACCCACUUUUGAUGCAUUUUAAAAUACUUUAAAAGCACACAGCUAUGGUGUCUGCAAACAAAGCACAGAAGUGAAAUUUAAAUGUGCAAUGCUGCUUAAACCCAUCAGCCCAAUUUUCUUUUUCCAGAUUCUUGACAUCAUAAAUGCAGCAGAAGCUGAGGAUGUCCCAUGACAAAGAAAGGCAAGUUAUUUCAAAAUGUGAGAAGUGGGUGUAAGGGCAGAGAGCUACCAUGGAGAAGGCAGGAUAGGCCAUGGCACAGCAGUUAAGAGAUGGGACAGAAGGAUCUGGGAGAUCUUAGGAUGUUUUACCUCACACUCAAAUAGAGAUAAAAAUACUCUUUUAUCUGAACUGCGCUUGAAAACUUGGGGAAGCAGAGCAGU